CCGAGGUGAGAGCCCAGGCUGGGUGGGCCUCUCUGCUGGUCUUCCGGGGUCAGACCUGAGGCCUCCAGGGUCCGCGCGGGAUUCGAUCGGGACCCCGGGCUGAAAUGAGUCUCGGGGAGACGUAGCCCUCUAGGAGGAUGCCUGGAGUCUCUCAUCAGGGUGCUGUCGGUGUUUGGGGAUGCCGGUGAAGACUACAUCUCCGGUGGCCUGCUCUGCCCUGUCCUCCAGUCACUGAACGCCGGUAGCUCCCCCGACCGUGUGUAACAGUUCCAAAACGCCCCCACAAAUUACCCAAGCACUUGAUCUCAUUCCUUCUGCAUGUCCCCGUGAAGACCUAGUUCUCCCCGCGAGACAUCUGCACCCCAGACCCACUUCACCUGAAAGGACUUCCAAACCAGACAAUGCCCAUUGACGUGGGACAGGCCCCAGGCCUGCUGCCGCUGCUGGCAAAGACCGAGGAUUCCUUGUUCCCUGGACCAGAUGCUGUCCCACAAGGGGAUCCCUCUAGUCCGGAGACUGCACGCCAACUUUUCAGGCAGUUUCGUUAUCAGGUGAUGUCUGGGCCCCAUGAGACCCUGAGACAACUUCGAAAGCUCUGUUUCCAGUGGCUGCGACCAGAGGUUCACACCAAGGAGCAAAUCCUAGAGAUCCUCAUGCUGGAGCAGUUUCUGACCAUCCUGCCCGGGGAGAUCCAGAUGUGGGUGCGGAAACAGUGUCCAGGCAGUGGAGAGGAGGCAGUGACCCUUGUGGAGAGCUUGAAGGGAGAUCCCUGGAGACUCUGGCAGUGGAUCAGCAUCCAGGUGCUAGGACAGGAAAUCUCAUCUGAGAAGAUGGAGUCUCUAAGCAGCCAUGUGGGGAGUGUGGAGCCCCAUCUUGAAGUGGUGCCCCAGGAGUUGGGACUUCAGAACUCUCCUGGAGAGCUGCUGAGCCACGUUGUAAAAGAGGAGUCUGAUUUAGAACCGGAAUUAGCUCUGGCUACUUCCCAGCUUCCUGCCCAACCUGAGGAAAGGCUCAUCAGAGACCAGGACUUCGGAGCCUCACUUCUCCCAUCAGCACCUCAGCAGGAGCAGUGGAGACACCUGGAUUCCACUCAAAAGGAGCAGUACUGGGAUCUCAUGCUGGAGACCUAUGGGAAGAUGGUCUCAGGAGGCAUUUCCAAUUCCAAACCCAACUUGACUAAUUCAACAGAGUAUGGAGAAGAGCUGGCAGGAUUGCAUCUUCACAUCAGCGAGAAGAUUCCAAGACUCACCUGCAUAGGAGAUAGACAAGAAAACGACAAAGAAAAUCUGAACUUGGAAAAUCACAGGGACCAGGAACUCCUGGAUGCCUCCUGUCAAGCCUCAGGAGAGCCACCUGCUGAGGCUUCUUUGAGGGGUUUCUUCAGAGAAGAUGAGCCAGGAUGCUUUGAGGAAGGAGAGACUCCCCCUGAGGUUCUGGAAAACCUUCAGAGUGAGAGUAUAGGGGGUCAGCUCUCUCCUCAAGAAAGGACUUGUGGGAAACAACUAAGUCAGCCCUUGCCUAAUCCUGAUCCAGGAGAACUGUUUGCUCUGUGGCUUGAGGAGAAGAGAAAAGCCUCCCAGAAGGGCCAGUCAAGAGCCCCCAUGGCCCAAAAACGCCCCACCUGCAGAGAGUGUGGGAAAACCUUUUAUAGGAAUUCUCAGCUUGUUUUUCACCAAAGAACUCACACCGGAGAAACAUACUUUCAGUGUCCUACCUGCAAAAAGACCUUUCUGCGGAGUUCAGACUUGGUGAAACAUCAGAGAACUCACACAGGAGAGAAGCCCUGUAAAUGCGAUUACUGUGGGAAAGGCUUUAGUGACUUUUCAGGGUUGCGUCACCAUGAGAAAAUCCACACGGGAGAAAAGCCCUAUAAAUGUCCCAACUGUGAGAAAAGUUUUAUUCAAAGAUCAAACUUUAAUAGACAUCAGAGAGUUCACACAGGAGAGAAACCCUAUAAAUGUUCCCGUUGCGGGAAAAGUUUCAGCUGGAGCUCAAGCCUUGACAAACAUCAAAGGUCCCACUUAGGAAAGAAGUCUUUUAAAUAGCCAGGCUCUUUGCCCAUUCCUCUCUCCUGGUCCUUUUAAAGGACUCAGCUCUACCUGGAGGAGCUGCAUCUCUGGGAGGAGAUCCCUGUUUCAUGGAUUGCAGAGUUUUGGACUUGGAGGGGUUUUUGUCUAUUUGUUUUGCCCUCUGAUUAGAUUUCAUGAUGGUUUAAUUUCUUCCUUCUACUUCAGGAGAAGUAGUCUUCAUGUUUCAUCUCGUCUCUCCUUUUGGACCCCUUUGGGGAAAAGUCUGAAUUGGAGAUCCAGUUUGACUAGUGCUUUCUAGGAAGGACUUAACUGGAGUAGCUGCAACCACUCCUCAUGGAAGAACCUCAGAUUGACCCUUUAGAACUAAAGUUCUAGAACAGGCCUUCUUUUCCUUGCAGACAGGACAUGUAGAGGCCCAGUGAGUCCACAGGUGUUCUUUGUCAUACGGGUGAAAAAUGAACUUCAAAUGACUCUUGUUUGAAAAUAAACUUAGGUCCCUUCCUAUCUUAUUUGUGUCUGAGUUGUUUACUAUGUAUUUACUGUAACUCAAAGGACAUUAAAAAAAAACUGAGAGAAACAAGCACUCAACA